AUGAUUCUAUCAUUAUUUGCUAUUGCUGUUUUAGCUUGUUCGAUAACCUGCUUUGAAACGUUAAGUACGUCAAGUUUUGUAAGUGACGAAUAACCGUAAAGCUUAUUUAUAGCAAACAUAAAUUUGGGUACUCCGCCUUAAAAUAUUCCUGUUAUGUUGUUUUUUGGCACUUAUCUUCCAAGUUUUGGAUAAUUCAUACUUAACAAAAGUGUGUAAGGCACUAAUGAAAUGUUUGAUCUAUUUUAAUAAUAAAUAGGAAUGACAAAUUAUUAUGAUUUAGAUAGUAGCACUACUUCUUAAAUAAAAGGUAAUUAUGAAUCAGUAUAAGAAUUUUCAGGAGCAUAUGGUGGGAAAAUGACUGGAAAAUAUGUUCAAGAUGUCUUGUAAAUUGGAAAAUUAAAAUUCGAAUACUACUUUGCUUGCGCAUAGUAAAUAACAAGUCUAAACAAAGCCUACAGUGGAGGAUUGAUAUUUUUCUAAAGAACCGAAGAUAACAUAUUCGAUUUAAUGUACCAAUAAAAAAUUACUAAGACAAGAGAUUAUAUUUUAUAAGGAAGUACUUAUAAGCUUAAUGGAUUUUAUUUUAGCAAUAUAGGAUAUGAUUUGAAAAUUCUUUACGAUUUGGGAUCUAAUUCAUAAUAUUACAAUUAUCCACCUAAUUAGCUAGUGCCUAAUAGUGACCUUUUUGAAAUGUAUUCCUACGGAAUUUACUUAGAAGGUGAGGACGUCUCUGAUAAAAUUAAAUAAAAAAGAAUCUAAAUAGAUCAACUUACAGAUACUAGUGGUUUAAGAUUUGAUCAAAUUACAAUACCCUCAGAUUUAUUUUAAAUAAUCGUUUCCAAAUAUGAUUAUGUAGAAAGUUUGUUAAUUAGUAAUUGCACUCAAUGUUAAUGUGAUAGGGCUAAAAACCUCCCUAAAAUUACUCUUAUAACUUAAGAAUAUAAGCUGACAAUAGACCCUAGUUAAUAUACUGAAUAUUAUGAAGAAAAAGACCUUUGUAAAAUCAAACUAUCUUAAUAAGACUGUUUUAAUUUUGCAAAAUCUUUAAUAUUUAAUUCUAACACUCAAGUCAUGUAUUCAAAAUAAACUGAUACUGUAAGGUUAAUAGGUGCUUAAACAAUAAAUCAUGCAAAUAUAGAUGCAAUCAAAUAUAUUUUCCCUAUCUUUACCGCUAUAAUUUUAGCUGGAUUGCUAUUUACUUUUUCUUGGACUAUUUACUAAUUAUAACCUUUAAAAUUAGAAUAAAUAUAAUUAAAAGAGAAAUUAAAUAUUUUUAUAAAACUUUGA